GAUCCAACAGUGAGUCAGUUUCUCAGGCUGGUACUUCUGAUUUUCAGUGGGAUUUAAGUCAUGCUCAACCCCCUGUUGAUGACGAAUGGUCUGGGUUAAAUGGACUUUCUUCAGCUGAUCCCAGCUCUGAUUGGAAUGCACCAGCAGAGGAGUGGGGAAACUGGGUAGAUGAAGAAAAAGUUGCUUCUGUUCCUCAACGUGAAGAGAUACCUGAUGUUCAGAAGUCUUCAGAUAAUGAAAGAGAAAAAGCAGAGACGCUUCUUCAGAGUUCAAGUGGGAAAUCCAAGAAAAAGAAGAAGAAAAAGAAGAAGCAGGGUGAAGAAGCUAACUCUCCUGCACAGGACACUGAAGAAUUGGAUAGAGAAGCUGGAGAGGAAUUUCAGGAGGAUACCUCAAAAGUUCAACCACAGCAGGAAAAAGCUUUUUCUCUGAAGACCAGAAGUACUAGUGAACUGGCUAAGCCUGAGGAGGCGCCUUCACUUGCUGUUUCUACUGAGCCAUCUGUAAUUGUAUCAGAGAGCAGUUCUGACAAGAUCGCUUCCCAAGUGCCACAGAUGCUGCAAGAGACAGAUGUUUCUAGUCCCAAUAUUAAGCAAAACAGUGUGCCUCCUCCACAGACUAAGUCUGAAGAAAGCUGGGAAUCCCCCAAACAAGUUAAAAAGAAGAAAAAAGCAAGAAGGGAAACGUGAACUUCCUGAGAUGGACACGUGUUGCUGAAUAUUGUCGUGAAGAUUAUGCUGUUUAUGCAAUAAUUUGUGAACAUGUACAGAAUUUUAUAUAAAUUUCAAACAAUUUUUAAAAACAGAACUGCUGUGAACACAAACAUCUUUAAAAAGGAAUCAAAGGAAAGUAACUUUAUGAUAUAACAAACAGAACAUGAUACAUUUGAAAGACGUUCUGAAGAGUCUGUUUUUCCAACUUUUGGAGAGAGAUCUUAAAAAAAAAAAAAAAAACUGGUUUUACAACACAGUGCCCUGUUUACAACAGAUUAUACUCUCAUCUACAGCUGCGGAUAAAAGGUUAAUUUCAAGGAAGGGUUUUCUGUAAAAAUAAUUGUCUGUACAAUAGUGGGUGUUUCUUGCCUCUCUUAUGAGUGAUGCAUCAGAAGCACAGAAUGUCAACCAUUUGAAUUUGUUUCAUGCCUAAAUCAAAGUGCUUUGAUUAAAUACGUAAUCUGCCAUAUCUUUACAGUAAGUUGGUUAGCAAGUCUGCUAGCUGUUACAGGAAUCACAAGUGCAAAUCAUUAACCAUUUGUACAGUCAGACCUUCAUGGUUUAUUAUAUGAAGUUAACACAAUAAAACUGCUUUGGG